AUGAAGAAAGGCGAGUUUUGCAAUGCUAUUAAAGUCAGCCAGAAAAGCAUGAACUUUUUCCUGUCUAAGAAUGGAACUAUGGAUGGGGCCGGAAGUUGGGCUUACCAAAAUGCUUGGAGCUGCACCAGCUCCAUCUUCUACGCGGCUUACGUCUUCUUCGAGAAGAAGCGGAUUGCCGAGGGCAAGCCGAAGAGCCAGCAUCAACUCGCUAUGGAGGAACUCUGGGCUGGGAGAGGAGGCUUUGAUCGCGAACAUGACGGACGCACCGGCUACUUGGUUACGGCUGGCAAGUCACUUUACAUGGACCAAUAUGGACUAAUGCAUACUUAUUAA